CAGUGCGUGUGGCAUCCCGAUAGAGCAGAAGAGGAGCAAGUGGCAGUGCUGGGUGGCGGGAGCGCGGCUGUCACUGUGCUGGAGCAUCCCUGAGCUUCUGAACAGAGCCGACCAGUCAGCCAGCAUUGCGCGCCGCCGCCAGCCCGCGCCGAUCUCAUCCGUCUCGUGUCUGCUCAGGCGAUCCUCCAAGACUUCGCACAAAGCACAUUUUUCAAAGCAGCGCAGGGGAGCGCCCAGCCGCGUGCAGGCGGACGCACCCUUCCUGUCCUUUGUUCCGGGGGGAUCUGCAACUGCUCUUCUCCCCAAGUCGGAGUCUCUUCUCCUGGGGUGGCGGGUCGCCGAGUGCAGCUACGAAAAUGCCUUUGGAACUGACUCAGAGCCGGGUGCAGAAGAUCUGGGUGCCUGUCGACCACCGACCCUCGUUGCCCAGAACCUGUGGGCCAAAGCUGACCAACUCCCCAACGGUGAUUGUGAUGGUGGGCCUCCCAGCCCGGGGUAAGACUUACAUCUCCAAGAAGCUGACUCGCUACCUCAACUGGAUAGGUGUUCCCACAAAAGUGUUCAAUGUGGGAGAGUAUCGACGUGAGGCUGUGAAGCAGUUCAGCUCUUACAACUUCUUCCGCCCUGACAACGAGGAAGCCAUGAGAGUCCGAAAACAGUGUGCCUUAGCUGCCCUGAGAGACGUCAAAAGUUACCUGACGAAGGAAGGAGGCCAGAUUGCAGUUUUUGAUGCUACCAACACUACAAGAGAGAGGAGACACAUGAUCCUUCAUUUUGCCAAAGAAAAUGACUUCAAGGUAUUUUUCAUUGAGUCCAUAUGUGACGACCCUACUGUUGUGGCCUCCAACAUCAUGGAAGUUAAAAUCUCCAGCCCGGAUUACAAAGACUGCAACUCGGCAGAAGCCAUGGACGACUUCAUGAAGAGAAUCAAUUGCUAUGAGGCCAGUUACCAGCCUCUUGACCCUGAUAAAUGUGACAGGGACUUGUCGCUCAUCAAAGUGAUUGACGUUGGCCGGAGGUUCUUGGUGAACAGAGUGCAGGACCACAUCCAGAGCCGGAUUGUGUACUACCUGAUGAACAUCCACGUGCAGCCCCGCACCAUCUACCUGUGUCGGCACGGGGAGAAUGAGCACAACCUGCAGGGCAAGAUUGGGGGUGACUCGGGCCUGUCCAGCAGAGGCAAGAAGUUCGCAAAUGCCCUGAGCAAGUUCGUGGAGGAACAGAACCUGAAGGACCUCCGCGUGUGGACAAGCCAGCUGAAAAGCACCAUCCAGACCGCAGAGGCCCUGCGGCUUCCCUAUGAGCAGUGGAAGGCGCUCAACGAGAUUGAUGCUGGUGUGUGUGAGGAACUGACCUACGAGGAGAUCAGAGACACCUAUCCUGAGGAGUACGCACUGCGUGAACAGGACAAAUACUACUACCGAUAUCCCACAGGAGAGUCUUACCAGGACCUGGUCCAGCGCCUGGAGCCCGUGAUCAUGGAAUUAGAGCGCCAAGAGAACGUGUUGGUCAUCUGUCAUCAGGCUGUCCUACGCUGCCUGCUAGCCUACUUCCUCGACAAGAGUGCAGAGGAGAUGCCAUACCUGAAAUGCCCCCUUCACACUGUCCUGAAAUUAACACCUGUGGCGUAUGGGUGCCGCGUGGAGUCCAUCUACUUAAAUGUGGAAUCAGUGAGCACACACCGGGAGAGGUCGGAGGCUGUCAAAAUACAACACUUUGCCAGUGUAGUCAGACCUUCCUCUUACACCGAACUUGACUUUCUGUCUGUGGAGUCCGAAAAACAGGAUGCAAAGAAGGGACCUAACCCGCUCAUGAGACGCAAUAGUGUCACCCCACUAGCCAGCCCUGAGCCCACCAAAAAGCCUCGCAUCAACAGCUUUGAGGAGCAUGUGGCUUCCACUUCUGCUGCCCUGCCCAGCUGCCUGCCCCCGGAAGUGCCCACGCAGCUGCCUGGACAAAACAUGAAGAGCCCCCGGAGCGGCACUGACUCUUCCCAGAAGCACUGAAGCUGAAACAUGGGUUCCGUUCCAUUUCUACAGCCUGCCUUGUGCCCGCUCAUCUACCUGAGGCCAAGCGAUCCCAAGGACUUCCGGACUGGGGGAGAAUGGACUGUCUGCUGGGUGAAGAGUAGCAACACCGCCUGAGAUGUUGGGGUGGCAAAGACAACUAGGAAGUUGGCCAGAUCCCAGCUUCCCAUGGCAAAGCUGCAGCCCUCCCCACCCUCUGUUCUCCUGGGACUUCCAGGGUGUCUGACCUCACAGACCCUACUGAAGCAUGGGAAGGACUGUAGUUCUAGAGGAGGUGAGGUCAGGCCUCUCAGUGGAUGUCACCAUGCUGUUCUGGUUUGUUUCUUUGGAUGCUGGCCCACCCGGCAUGUUGAUAGCUGAGAGACAAGACUGGCAGAGAACCCUGAAGUUCAGAGUGAGUUAGACCCCAGAUGCUAGAGGCUCAGGGAUGUUCAAACACUCGCCUGGCUUUUAUACAUCUUGGCCUGGGAAGAGGCCUCAAAGAUAAGGGACUUGGACAAAUGCUGCACUGGGUGUGGCCGUUCUCCCGAGGCUCACUGGUCAGCUGGGCAGUAACAUGCCCUGGCUCUUCCACGCAUCCACAUGCCUUCUAGGUCUCGACCUAAGGGACACGCUGGUUGCAUUGGUGUGGAAGGAAGCAUUUUGCUGAAAAAAGAACCAGGACCCCCUCUUCCUUGGGGCUCUUAGGCUUUCUGCUCUCCAGCCUGGGCCUGGAGGCACCUGAGCAAAUCCUGUGGCUGGCUGUUUGCUGUUUUGCACUUUCUUUCCUUUCUUCCUCUCCCUCCAUUCCUUCCUCCUUCCUCCUUCCCUCCCUCCCUCUCUCUCUCUCUCCU